UACUUGGAGUCAGUUAUGCACUCAUCUCAGGCCAGUUCAUACGUCACGGUACACACGACGCGAGACACAGCGACCUUGGAUCCGAAGAUACGCCGCGAAUCUUAACAUCGUGUGUAACAGUAUAAGUGUCGGCAUCUAUAUAAAAUAUCUCAUUCAGUAUCUUGCUUCAUUAAUAAAAGUGGUCUUUAUUUAGUAGAAAAUAAAGUAUAAUUUAUAAAAAAUGGUGCAAAAUAAGAGGAUUCUUGUUAUCUAUACUGGAGGCACUUUUGGUAUGCUGAAAAAUGAAAAAGGAGUACUGGUGCCACAAAAGGACAUAGAAAGAAGAGUGAUCAGAAAGCUGCCACAGUUACAUGACAAUGUCUACUGGGAGAAAAAUCUUGCCGGAACAGACCUUAAAGAAUAUCUGGUGAUACCAGAUGGCAAGGACACGGAACAGAAAGUGUUGUACAAAAUAUAUGAAUAUGAUGAGCUGAAGGACUCCUCAGACUUCACCAUGGACGACUGGAUAACACAGGCUAGAGAUAUAAAGAAAUUCUACCACGAUUAUGAUGGUUUCGUGGUACUGCACGGUACUGACACGACAGCGUAUGGAGCUUCCAUCCUAUCCUUCAUGCUGGAGUCAGUCGGCAAGACUGUCGUACUCACCGGAGCACAGAUCCCCAUUUUCCAACCUCGAAGCGAUGGUAACAACAACUUGUUGUGUGCUAUCCUUAUUGCAGCUACACAAAACAUUCCAGAAGUCACAGUAUUCUUUGGAGCGAGGCUCUUCAGAGGCACUAGGGUAAAAAAAGUAUCAAACACAAAGAUCUACGCGUUCGACUCGCCGAACUUCCCAGCGCUGCUCGAAGCUAAGGCGACCCUGGAUGUAGACCCGAAGAUGCUGAUCCACCCCCCUGGCUCCGUGCCCAAUGAGUGCAGAUUACAUGACAAGCUCUGCAGGAAGGUGUAUAUCUUGAAGAUGGCACCCACUAUCACACCUGAACUGAUUAAAGCAGUGUUUUCGGGCAUGGAAGGCGUCGUUCUAGAAACAUACGGCAACGGUAAUAUUCCCAUCAAACGCAAGGAGAUCUACAAAGAGAUCGAGGCGGCAGUGAAGAACAAGGUGCUGGUGGUGAACGUAACUCAGUGCAUCAAUGGAACUGUCAUCGCUAAACCUUUGUAUGAGACUGGACUGCUUCUAUUAGAAUGUGGAGUAGUGCCUGCAUACGACAUGACGGCUGAGGCAGCGUGGGCAAAGUUGUGCUAUGUGCUCACUAAGACAGAACUUAGCUAUGAGGAGAAAGUUAAGUUAAUGAAGACGAAUAUCCGUGGCGAGAUGUACAACCCUCACUAAUUAUAUUUAAUUAGUUAAAAAAGUAAAAUAAAUAUAAUUUGUAGGAUUGUAUGAUUGUAACUGUAUUAAAUGUCGAAUAAAUUAUUUUC